UACACAACACACUGCCUACAAACCACAUCUACUUUUUUUUUUCUUAUAACACUCUCUCUCUCUCUCUCUCUCUCUCUCUCUCUAGAGACAAUGGCAACCCUGCAUUCUCUCGCAUUGGCCUCCCCAGUCUCCCACCAUUUGCAGCAACCACGGUCUUCCUCAGGCAUAGUAUCAUGGUUUGUUAAUAGAAGUGCACUGUCCUCAUUUAGUGGUCAAUCUCUUCGAAUGCCUCGUCUAAGGCUAGUUCCGGUAAGAAGAAACUGCCAUCGUCCUGUUACAAUGAUGGCAAAACCAAAGAUCCAGUUCAUCCAAGGAACCGAUGAACAGACAAUACCAGAUGUAAGGCUAACCAAGUCAAGAGAUGGCACAAAUGGUAUGGCUAUAUUCAGGUUUGAUCAACCCUCAGUUUUUGAUUCAUCCGGUGAAGUUGGUGAUAUUACUGGUUUUUACAUGAUUGAUGAGGAAGGUGUUCUUCAGUCAGUUGAUGUGAGUGCCAAGUUUGUGAAUGGGAAGCCUGCUGGGAUUGAAGCUAAGUACAUAAUGCGGACUCCUCGAGAGUGGGACAGAUUCAUGAGAUUCAUGGAGAGAUACUCUAACGAGAAUGGCCUGCAAUUCAUCAAGAAAUGAGAUUCUUGAAGUAGCAUCAAAUUAAACUUGGCAUUACGAAGACAGUGGAUAUUGAAGAUGCGGAAUCUAUUUCGCUGAGAUAACAUAACUCUUCAUAAAAUCCAAAGAACCCAUCUUGGGAUUAGAGGGAAAGAAGGAAAAACUUUCUCAAAGUGAAAGCAUGAAGAGAGGUCCAAACAUUGUUUCUAUUGCUUCACAGUGAAUAAACGAAAAUCUUGGGUUCAAAGGGAAUAAUGGUUCAUACUCAUCCAUACCCACCUCUUUUGCUUCCUUAAGAGAUGGAUCCUAACUUGUUAAGAGUGAAGGACUUAGGUCCAAACAUUGUUUCUAUUUUUAAGAAAGGGUUGAAAUUUUGGAAAA